AUGAAAGAAAACUAUCUGUUUAAUAAUUAAUGGCUUGUUAAAAAAAAAGUUUCCUAAGGCAGUUUUGGUAUAGUAUAUAUCGGUAUGGAUAAAAACACUAAAGAAUUCGUAGCGAUCAAACUUGAAAAAGAGUAUAAUCAAGAGGUACGUAGUUUAGAAAGGGAAGUUUUAAUUUUAUAAUAGCUCGAAGGUGUUCCCAAUGUACCUAGAUUAUAUUGGAGCGGUUAAGAAAAUAAUUAUAAUAUAAUGGUAUUGAAUUUAUUAGGACAAAAUAUUCACAAUAGAUUUAUUAUUCAUAGAGAUUUAAAACCUGAAAAUAUAUUAAUGGGAAGAGAUAAAGAAACUCACAUGGUCUAUUUAAUAGACUAUGGGAUUUCUAAAAUAUAUAGAGAUGAAAGCGGAAGACAUAUUAGUUUUAAAGAAGGAAAACCAUUUGUUGGAACUACUAGAUAUGCUUCUAUAGCAGCUCAUUUAGGCCAUGAAUUAGGAAGAAAAGAUGAUUUAGAAAGUAUGGCAUAUGUAAUGAUUUUUUUAUUAAAAGGAAAUUUACCUUGGUAGAAUUUACAGAAUGUUAAUGAUAAGGAUAAAACUUAGUAAUUUAAAAAAAAAUAUUAUUGA